GGAGAACUGGGAUAUCACCCUAUAAUCACCAACUGUAAAGUAAUAUUCUGUUUUUAAAUAUUACAAUGUACUACAACAAACAACUUCCAAUAUUAACCAAUGCAAUAGGUUUAUUUUAUUUUUUCUUGUUUACAACCUGAAAAUAUUAUCAACUCGUUGAAAACUAUGCAUAAUAAGAUCUAUACAUUAUAAUAAAAUAUAGUAAUAUGCUUUAGCAGAAUAUGGAAAAACAAUGUUCUACAUACAAAUACCAGAUAUAGAUGUUUCCAUACUAGAUAUAGAAGACUCUGCUUUAGCUCGACUGAUACAUUUUUCCACUUACACUACCUUAAGUGACAAACCGCCGUAUGUUAAGUAUCUGAAAAAUUCUACACUCCUUGACUAUGCUGGAUUUCUGUGUCUUCGAACACAUGCAAGUUUAACUGAUAAUACUACACUGAAGGAAAUGAUCAUAGAAGGAGAAUGUCGAUUAAUCAAAGAACGUUUACAUUUGUUAAAACCAAAUUUCUUAAGAAAAUACUUAACCAAAACAAUAGAAGACAUACAAGUUUUUAAUUAUAAUGAUGAUAAUAUUAAUGUCUUAUUAAAAAUAUGUUCAGAGUAUAAAGAUAAGCAGCAUUUACCUUGUGAUGAGCAUUGCAGUCUAGAGUUUAUUGAAGUGCCUUGGCAAAAAUGUCCAACUUUAGUAUCUGAACUAAAAGUACAUCUUAUUCAAGGUAUUGCCAUUGUGCCCUGCAAUCAAUGGAAUAGUCUGUUAGUUGAUUUGUUUCGAUUAAUAUAUAUUCAAUCAUUACUUCACAUCCAUCGUUCUAUGUCUUCCUUACCUAAAAAGAGUUUGCAAGUAGAAUAUCUUAGUGAACAAAUAAAUGAGUAUUACAAUUCAAAAAUAGUCUCUUGGAAAAAUACUAAUGAAGUAAUGAAUUUGGAAGAUCUUAAUUCAAAAAAAAAGUGUUUGCCUCCUUGCAUGUUGCUAUCAUUGAAUUCAUUGUUUAAAAAUCAUCGUCUUGCACAUGAUCCACGUUAUCGGUUGACAUUGUUUUUGAAAGAAAUUGGUGUGCCUAUGAAUCAGACUUUAUUGCUAUUUAAGCAGGAAUAUUCCAAACUUGGUAGUUUAGAAAGUACAUGUACACAUACUUGGGAAAAUCAUAACCAACAAAUAGAAUACAACGUAAAACAUACAUAUGGUAUGAUGGGGUCAAAAAAAAUGUAUCAAAUGACUCCUUGUACAAUAAUGCAAAAACAAAAUAUUCAAGUAUACUAUGAAGGGGGUUGUCCAUUUGUACACUGUAAUGAAAGCAAACUGAAAAGUAUCUUAAACGAAUUUACACCCAUCAGUGAUGUAGAAAUGAAUAUUAUAAAUGAUUUGAAAGAUAGUGAUCAACCUAUUCGAGCAUGUCAUUGGUAUGCUAAUAAGUUAAGUCAAACAUUAAAACCUCUUUUUCAUGAUACACCAACUCAAUAUUUUUUUAAUUUAAAAAAUAAUAUAUGUUAAAUCUGUUCCUAAAUGAAGGAAUAUAUAAAAAUAUACAACUUUACUACAAAAACAAACCCUGUUUAUUCCACAGUAUUAAAUAAUAUUAUUAAAAUAAAAUAUAUUUACACAAAAUUAUUACAAAUAAGAUAUUU